AUGAGAGACAAAGGAGAGUUGAAAGUAUCAAGAGUGACUGACUUUGGAACUCUGAAGCAGGGGGAAUCUAAAAGAAUGAUUGUCUGGAUAGAGAUCCAUGGACACAGUAAAGAGCUCCUGUUGCUUGGCUUUUCUGAUUUUACUGUUGGCCGCUAUAUUGAAGCCACUGUAACAAAUGAAGAAGAAUUACUUAUAGCACCGGUACAACCUUAUUCUCCAGGAAAGCCUAAGAAUAUUCCAGAUUCUCAGCUAAGGAAGACAACAGUGGCUGCUCCUAAACAUAAAAGAAAUAAGAGAAGGUGGUGUUCAAACUUUCUCCCACAUUAUACCAUACCAGAUGAGUUAAGAAAAUGUGUGGAACAGCAGUUAGACAUACUGACCUUUCAGCCCCUCCUAGCAGAGCGUCUUAAUCUAGAUAAUUAUAAAGCAAACUUUUCUACUCUUUUGUGGCUUGAAGAGAUCCAAGCAGAAAUGGAUUUAAAAGAUUACUACAUGAGUGGGGUUACUUUAAAAAGGAAUGGGAACUUGUUAGUGCUGGAAGUGCCAGGAGUAGAAGAGGGCAGACCUCGCCUGAUUCCAGGUGAUAAGGUGAUACUGAAAACUCAGGUCUACUCCGAUCAUAUAAUAGAGUACAUUGCCUAUGUUGCUGAAAUAUGUGAGGAAGAUGUUACUCUUAAGGUUAAUGCCGACUUUGAACGUGCUUACAACUUGGAGCCCAUGGAUGUGGAAUUUGUUCAUUGCAGUAUUCCUAGCAGGCGAUGCCAACUGGCCAUUCAGCAAGCUCUCUACCUGGGUGAAAAAGUGUUAUUUCCAGAAAGACUUGUGUUACAAUCACCACAAGCUAUCAAGACCCAGAAUACUACAGAGUACUGUGCCGUUGAUGAUGGCCUUAAACAAUCUACACAGCAAGAAAUUGGUGAAACUGUGGCACUUAAACAGAGAGAUGGUGAAUUUUUCAAUCCUGUGCUGAACGUGCAACAGAAACUGGCAGUGAAAAGGAUACUGAGUGGUGAAUGUCGCCCAACACCUUAUCUUCUCUUUGGACCACCAGGAACUGGAAAAACAGUAACAGUAAUUGAAGCUAUUUUACAGAUACACUUCACUCUCCCAGACAGUCGGAUUUUGGUAUGUGCACCAUCAAAUGCUGCAACAGAUCUGAUUUGCUUGCGGCUGCAUCAAAGUAAUCUCUUAAAACCAGGAACUAUGGUUCGAGUUAAUGCUGCCUUCAGGUCAGCAGAGCAAAUUGAUGACAUGGUGAAACCUUACUGCAAAGAUGGUGAUGAUAUUCAGAAGGCAUUGUGGUCCAGGAUUGUAAUUACAACAUGCAGCAGCGCAGGAUUGUUUUAUCAAACAGACACACGGCUUGGGCAUUUCACUCAUGUGAUUCUGGAUGAGGCAGGUCAAGCAAGUGAACCGGAGAGUCUCAUUCCUAUUGGGUUGAUUUCAGAAGCUGAUGGACAGAUAAUUCUCGUUGGAGAUCCGAAGCAGUUAGGGCCAGUAAUAAAAUCUAGACUUGCACAGUCUUUUGGAUUAAAUAUGUCCUUGCUAGAAAGACUGUCAUCAAGAGAGCUAUAUCUGAGAGAUGAGGAUGCUUUUGGUGCCUGUGGAGCAUACAAUCCUUUGUUGAUCACUAAACUCACAAAGAACUACAGGUCGCAUUCUGCAUUGCUUGCCUUGCCAUCUAAAUUGUUUUAUCAUAAGGAACUAGAAGUUUGUGCAGAUACCUCAGUAGUGACUUCUUUCUUGAAUUGGGAGAAAUUGCCCAGGAAGGGAUUUCCAUUAAUUUUUCAUGGAAUAAGGGGCAGUGAAACACGUGAAGGUCGCAGUCCUUCAUGGUUUAAUCCAGCUGAAGCAGUUCAAGUGAUGAUGUACUGUUGCCAGCUGGCUAGAAGUGAAUGCUCUGCAGUACCAGUGACAGAUAUUGGAGUGAUUGCCCCAUACCGUAAGCAGGUGGAAAAAAUUAGAUUUCUUCUCAGAAGUAUUGAUUUGGAAGACAUAAAGGUUGGCACAGUAGAAGAGUUUCAAGGGCAGGAGUACAUGGUUAUCAUCUUAUCAACAGUGCGAUCUCAGAAAGUCGUAAUUGAUGAUGAAAAACACUCUUUGGGCUUUCUCUGUAACCCAAAGAGAUUUAACGUAGCAAUUACUAGAGCAAAAGCUUUGCUGAUUGUCGUGGGAAAUCCUCACGUUCUUGUGAAAGAUCCCUGUUUUUCUGCACUGUUAGAAUACAGUUUAAUGAACAGAGUUUAUAUAGGUUGUGACCUGCCCGCAGAGCUGGAACGCCUGCAGAGCUGUGGGAACAACACAGGCUAUACUCUGUUCCCAAGUUCACCACACCAGGAUCCUCACUGCUCUGCCUCCUACCUUGCCCUGCCUGGGGUACAGCUGGUGACCAAGAACUCUCUGCUGCACUACAUCACAACCGCGGGAGCUCCCGCGUACCCGGGCCUGAGCUGCCGUGUGCGGGCUCCGGGAAGGAGAAGGGAGGGAGCCCGCGCCUCGUCCUGCCGGGACCGCCUGUGCCGGUGCCGAGACCCUCCCAGGGCCGGCGCCGCCAGUGUCCCCCGGGCCGGGCCCGAGACCCUCCCAGGGCCGGUGCCGCCAGUGUCCCCCGGGCCGGGCCCGAGACCCUCCCAGGGCCGCCGUUGCCCGCCGCGUUCCCCGGGCCGCCCGGCGCAUGCGCCUUGCCGCCGCCGCGCGGUGCUCCUGCGGAGACGCGGGCGCCGGGGCCGCGGCCGCGACGUGUUGCGCUCGGAGCCCCGCAUGGGCUGUGCCGCACCGGCUGCUGCGGCCGCGCCGCUCCCGGCCGCCCUGCUGCGGCCGCGCCCCGCUCCGCAGGCUCCAGCUGUUCGCUGGGAUGCCUUAAAGGACCUCUGCGUUCCUGCAGUUCAUUCCGGGCUGCUCUUGCCUCCUCCUCCUCCCCACGGCUGCGAGCCCCUUCUUGAACUGCUCCUCACGCUGUCGCUGCUCGGAGCAGGCGGGCAUUUCCAUGCGAGCGCCAGCCGCCCGCUGCUGUAA